AUGGCAGACCGGCAAGUAACUCAGCAGAACAUAAUCGGUCUGCUGGGCAAGCUAGAUGACCCCGACGCCGAUUUGCGGUAUAUGUCCUUGAACGACCUCUAUGGGAUCCUGAGCAAUCCCCAAUCAACAUUUAUCUCAAGUGACCAUCGCUCUGCACAAGGCCUUGCUGAAGGCUUAUUGAAAGCGUUGGAUGACCAGCACGGCGAUGUCCAAAAUCAAGCGCUGAAAUGUCUUGGCCCGCUGGCUAUCCGAUUGCCAUUUGAAAUACUCACAAUCCUCCUCGAGAAGUUGACCGACAUGACCGCUUCCCAAACCAUCGAUACUUCCGUCCCCAACACCGCCCUGCGUACGAUUGUCGAUACUCUCCCUCGGCCCCAAGCCGGCCAGCCCGCCCCGCAGAACGUCGUUACCGCAUACUCCGCCGUCUCAAAGAUCCUGAUCCCUCGACUAACAGGACCGACUCAGUCAGCAUCAGGUAGACGAGGCUCGGUAGUGCGGGGUAUGUUGGAGAAAGAUCCGUCCAAGGGCUUCAGCAGUGAGGCAAUCGAUGUGCUUAUUAAGGUUGUGACAUGCUUCGGUCCGCUCCUCCAGGAGUCUGAGCUGGCUACCCUCCAAGAGCCAGUUAUGGCCAUCAUCCACAAUGACACGGCUGGAACCGUUGUCACCAAGCGUGCGCUGACGGCCAUCUCGGCGCUGGUCCUCUACUUCUCCGACAACCAGCUCAACUCCUUUGUUGCCCGCCUGAUAGAAGCCUUAUCAUCAUCUAAGAUCUCUACCGUGCACCGCCGCCAUUUAAUUGCCGCCAUCGGCACAAUCGCUCGCAGUGCCCCUGCGAAGUUCGGCCCCCACUUGAAUAGCCUGGCACCUUUCGUCUUUGCCGCAGCGGGAGAGGACGGUAUUGUAAACUGA